AUGACACCCGCUGCAAGUCUGAAUGAGACGCCAAGAUCCAAAAAUUACACGGGCGAAGUGUUUAUAUACACGAUUAGCGCUUCAAUGUCGGCUAUCAAACCACGAGGCCUGCUGGUUAUGUACCUAGCCAGACUUCAGAGAGAGAAAGUAUUAAUGGGAAAGGAGCAUGACAUCGGCAAUAUUUGUCGGAAGCACCUCGAAGAGUGUCUGCGGGAGGUUUUGAUACUGACGCUGAUUCUGCUUAUUGACAUGCUCGGGCGUGUUAAGCUAUUCCGCAAACACGAGGAUGACGGAUGGACUAUGCAUCUGAUUGAGGCCGCGGCAUGCCGCCUAGACGAAUUAAGCGAAGACUUGCCGAAAAGUUCUUGA